AUGUGGAUCAAGUUUGUGUUUACACUAGUUGGCUUACAUAAGCACCCGCGAACUCUUUUUGAAGCUCAUCACCAACUUUCACAUACAAUCGGUUGA